UUUGCACAUAGUAAGCAUCUUCUGCCGCCUUUUGCGGCUUGCAUAGUUUCGUUUCUCGUUCUAGGUUUAGGAUUCGUAUUAGAAGUGAUCAGAAAGUGUCGGUUGUUUCUACUACUGCGUAGGUACCAUUGCAUUUUCCAAGAAAAGUCGGUUGCCAGGAGCUCGUUGCUUGUUUCGGUUUCGUCGUUUUUGCUAUCGCUGACUUUUACUCCUUAUUGAUACUGAUACUGUACAAAAUCUACGUAUUGAAUAUUUCACCGAUAUGUUUCUCUACACUCUACUUUUACACUAUUUUGGUUACGAUCCUACCUAAACAUAUACUAGUAGUUCAAGAUGGAGAAGAAAUCCCAACGCGGCGGCGGGGGCCUUUUCUACUUCGGGGGCCCACGGGCAUUGCUGGGUCAACGACCUCCCCAUAGUCGCGGACCACGACAGGAGAAAGCAACUCCUUUCCCAUUCAGCAGAAUGGCGGGAUCAACAUCUUCGUUGUCCCUCCUCAUCACGGUUGUAUUCCUUUUCGCCGCAACAAGCUUCUCCACCACUGUAACAGCAUCUUCCACCCCCUUGAAAACCCGCAGCACCGACAGUCUUGCCGUCGGCUAUGACCUGCUCAAACGUUACAAUCUCGAGCGUUCCAAUAGCAUCUGGAUUUUGUCUUGCAUGAAGAGCAUGUGGAACGUAUGCAGAGUUGCGCCUCUCGCAAUACAAAACUCGCCGGAUAUUAGUGGGGUUUUGGGUGCCGAAACUUGUCAUGCGAAAACCUAUGGGACUACGGUAGAUCAUGCACUUCCUGUAUCACAGAUUUCCAUAUUCUAUUGUAACGCUUGAGAUUGUAACACCUGAGCAAGUUAUAUCGGCGCGUCGGUUUUUCUAGAAACCGUCAUUGAGUUCUCGCUGGAGGACCAGAAAGCGGUUGAAUUGAUGUAUGGUGCGUCUUCCAACACGAAGAACUACCAGCAAUCGUUAUCAGCCUACAAGGAAAAAACCGGCAAGAGAAACCUCGCGAAGUAUUUGAGGAAAGCGGUGUUCAACUAUCUCGACAAUCACCCCAGGUUAGAUAUCACCAACACCGCGGGGAGUGAAUUACUCAAGGAGGAGAACAUCGCGGUCCGAAUUCGGGACACGAAAGACUCGUUCACGAAGGCGAGAUAUGCAUUGCAAAUAUGUCCUCUGGGUGUGGGAAGGUGGAACUUGUAGUGCGUGUCUGGCAUUCCAGGAAAAUCUGUGUUGCAUGAGCAGCGAAUGGACAGACUCCGGAUUGCAAAAACGCAAUUUGUAAUGCGUGUUUAGGUAGUAUCAGAAAGCGCCUCCAAAGCUUGUCAUGCUUGGCUGCCAUUGCAAGCGUUGCAAUCGUGCGCAAAUCAGCAUCACAGUUUCCAGACCCAGACCUAUUUGCAAUUGAUACGAGAACCGCGAUAGAGGAAACCGAUCCGGUUUUCAGCAACAGCGACCUCGCGGACAACUAUCUCAAUUAAAAACGAUCCCAUCCCAGAGUUGUCAUGCAGAUUUGCAGUGACAUGAAGAUUUGUAAUGCAAAUCUCCAUGAAAGGAAUUUCCAGGCGUGUUUUCGAAUUUGUAAUGCUUUGAACUGGAUAAGCAGAUGGUUUUGUGAUGCGGCUGUAGUUGCUAAACAGCACUACAGUACAGGGAGGAUCUUGUCAUGCGUGAAAACUUCUUGAUUUGUGUUGCGAGAUCCCCAUCUUGACUCUGGGGUCGUGGGGACGUUUUUACCCAGGAUAACAACACAAACAUCGUGAACAGCUUAAAGCAGAGCAAAUUUGAGGCGGUCAUAACCGUGCAACUCACCCCGCGAAAAGCGGCGUAUGAAAAACAGUCCGGAAGCGACAACUACUCCGCAACCGCUCUCGCCCUGACCGGCGCGUACCGAAUAGAACAGACCGGAAACGCAGGGUCAGCUACCACCUUCGCGGGCGACGCGGGGGUUGGGGUCGCGGCCUCGGUGAUAUCGCAACUGUUCGAUGCGGAUUUUGCCGUAUGCAUUGCAAAAAUGUCUGGGCUUGGAUGAAAGUUGUAAUGCUACGUGGCGAUUGUUGAGCGUACUCCUGACUGCAGACAAGCAUGACAAACAAUUCCGAGGACGCUUCCUGAUGCGUAGCGCUAGCGCGCAUGGCAACCUGCGCUUUUGCAUGAGAAGGCAGAGUUCGUUUUAUUUGUUGGUCAUGAUGCAAUACAGAUUUUGCAGGAAUCCAAGACGCGCAAUACAGGUUCCACUUUUAUUCCAGACCCAGACAUGUUUGCAAUGCAUAUGCCGCGGCAACCGGUGAUUUCCAGCCGGGGAUCCACCACUACUUGGGGCCGGUGCUCGUCGCGGAAUCCGCGGUUUAUGCAUUGCAAAUACGUCUGGGACUGGAAGUAUGCAAACUUGUGAUGCGCACUUCACAAGACACAAAAAUCUCUCAUGCAUAGGCAGCAAAAGUUGCUAGCUAUCUGUCACCAAAAUGGGGCAUUUGUCAUGCGGAUUCGGCAUUGCGGAAGCUUCUCGAAACCUGUGAUGCUACAGCUUCUAUGCCAGACCUUCUGUGUCAUGCAAAAGCAGCAUGACUCUUGCAGACCCAGACAACACAUUUGCAUUUGAUACAGUUGCAUCGGGGACAACGUCGCAAACCCUCUUCGCGUCCACUUCCUUCAAGGUGGUGAAAAAUAAAGUCCGCCCCUUGCCCCAAAUCCGCGCCGCCUUCAACUUGAACAGCGGGACUUCCACUGCAAUAGCGGGCGUUGGAAGUGGGGUCAGCAGAGCGCUGCAGCAAGAAGUGGUGGGAAAAUACACGAAUUUGGUGUUAGACCCAACGGUCCACAUUUCUGCUUACGCGGUGGACAAGGAUUCUCAGAAGGUGGACGAGGAGGGUCAGAAGACGCCCUGUGCCUACGAGCCGGGGUCGGCGGUGCCGGGGAAGUGGGAAUUGUACAUGUACAAGCACGGGCAGGCACCCGAGAACAACGGGUGGCGCGACAUGCGGUACGGGCAAAACCCGAACGGUUUGAAUUCCCUCUGCCCCCACCCUACAUCCGGUAAUGCGAAGAUGGCGGAGGCGACGUUUGACCAGAAGUGCUACGAGGAGGUCCUGGCGGUGGGCGGGACCGGGGCCUGGGUGCGGCUCAAGCGGAAGGACGAUGGGUGCAUACCUGCUUCUCACGCUUUCGGCCCGGGGGAGCACUCUAUCAACGGCCAGUACUCCAUCGUGGCGACCUCGAGUGGGUUUUCGGGCGACGCGAAAAUCGGCCCGGUAAACCACGGUCCGCUCUUUUCUGACGCGCUGGGGGGUGGCCAGUGGAUGUGGCGCUGCAAUACAAAUCCGCCGGACAAUUGCCAGACCUACGAUACCGGGGGCGUUUUGGGUAAUUCUUUCUCGGAUCCCAACACGUGGGGCAAUCUGAUCACCAUGCCCGGCAUGUACGACGCGGGGAAAGGGGAGGCCAACUGCUGCAACAAAGGGUACAGCUGGGCCUGGUACGGAAAAACUGUCCGUGGUACCGGCCCGGUGAUGAAGCUUAUCAAAUGUAAAAAUGUCUGGGUCUGGAAGAAUGCAAGUUUGUCAUGCUUGUCUGGGAUGACUCUUAAAUCUGUCAUGCACAUUACCAAAGAGCCCCACUUUUCUGUCAUGCAGAAACGCAGUUUGUCAUGCAGAAUAGACAAGAACACCUAGAAGCUCAGAAACUUGUCAUGCUGAGCCAGCAAAUGUGGCCUCCUCAUGAUACGCCACACCGCAUCACAAGUUUGCAGACCCAGACAUUUUUACAUUUGAUGAAGCUGUCCGUGGUAUCAAACGCGGAUAAGGAGCUGGACUUCUUGACGAAUUAUUUGUUACUGCAGAAACAAGGCAGGGAGUACUUUCGGGACUUCAUUUUAGAUAAGAACAAGAACAGCUACAGUCUGUCCACCUGGUUCGACAGCACGGGAUUAACAGCCGCGUCGUUGCCACUCGCGCCAGCGGGGAAGCGAAGGAGGUACGUGGAAACGGAGAUCACUCUGACGGUUACCGACAAGCCGUCCGCCGCCUCGGCCUACACAGAGGUGUUGACCGCAAGCGGCCAAAAGGGGUUGUGCGCCCAGAGCACAAUAACGAACGGGAAUCCGACCCACCUUCCGGACGUGCGGGGCUGGAUCGACAACGACCCGUCCCCCCACGCGCG